AUGUUCAAUUUUGGGAAGUCGACAACGACCGCCAGUGGCUCGACUGGCGGUUCUCUUCCUACUCCUUCUUUCUCUUUCGGUGGUGCUAGUUCAACUCCAGCGACGAACACCACUUCUUCUACGGGAGGAUUUUCUUUCGGUGGCGCAGCGGCUAGUUCCACGCCCGCUCCAGCAGCAAAAACAGGCGGAUUUUCAUUCGGUGGAGCUUCGACGGCUGCUCCUACCACGACAGCUCCAACUCUCUCUUUUGGUGGAGCAGCAGCUGCAACUACAACAGCAUCGACGCUUUCGUUCGGUGCAAGUACAACUUCUGCACCAAGUUCUGGUUUUUCUCUUGGCGGUUCAACAGCUCCUAAAACCACCGCCUCUGGUUUUUCUCUCGGUGGAGCCACUGCUACGACAAGUGCUGCUCCUGCUACGUUAGGAGGCACUUCUGGCUUUUCUUUCGGCGGUGCAUCUGCUUCUACAGCGACAACUUCCACUGCAGCAACUUCUACUGCCCCUUCUCUCUUCUCCGGCACAACAACAACUGCUCCAUCGCUUUUUGGAGGCGCAAAACCAGGUGGCCUUAGCUUCGGGGCGACUUCCACUGCGGCCACAACGGCGCCUACUCCGCUAACUACAACGACUACCUCGGCGCCAAUCGGUCUUGGCGGUGCUGGAUACAACGACAAAAAAGAAGCCGAAAAAGCAGCCACGCCAGCAGCAAAGCCGAUCAAAGACCAGCACGUGAAUCCUGAAAUUGUAACACUCGUCACUGCGUUGGAGAGCCACAUCAAAAAGGAAAAAGAGGAGUCUUCUGAAGUCGCCAAAUUCAGUCAAAGACAGUUGAUGAAAAUCAAGGAGAAUACAGCGAGCUUGGAACUGAUGGUUCGUGCGCUCAAAACGAGCCUGCAAAAGGAUGAAACUUCAGUUGGUCUCAUCUCCGCGAAAGCAUCUGAAUUGCAGAAUCAUAUUGAAAUGGCUCAAAGAACAAAUGAUACCCAUCCAUCGCAUCAAUACGAGAAUCACCUUCCCACGAAAUACUUUCACGAUCUCGCGAUCGAGUUCGAGCGCAAACUCAUGAUCUACAGAAGUCAAAUCGACCAGUUAGAGGCUCAUCUCGCUGUUGGAGGCGAAACAGCUUUAUCUGAAUUGCCGAUGGCGUUAGAAAAAAUUCACCAAACAUAUAUCGCCCUAGCAGCUGGUGUUCAAAUUAUAAUCACAGCGUUAGAAAAAGUCAAGCAGAAGUACCUCAAUUACAGGAGACAAGUUCGAGGAGAUACUUCAGAUCCUUUUCUUGAUAAAAAUAAGCCAAAAGUCGUUGAAAAGACCGGUCCAUCUGCCUUCGCUGAUUUAUCGAAUCUGUCUGUUCUCGCGCUAGCUCAAUUAUCAGUUCAAAAUCAACAAGCCCAAAACCAACCUCCGAACACUGGAUUUACAAGCACUGCCAACACAGGAGGAGGAUUGUUCAGCAACACGAACAACACGAAUUCUGGUGGCGGUCUUUUCGGCAAUACAACCUCUACUGGCGGCGGUUUGUUUGGAAACACAGCGAGCAAGCCUGGUGGUCUGUUUGGCAAUACGAGCACAAAUACUGGAGGUAGUCUCUUUGGGAACACAACUACGAGCAGCACUGGUGGGAGUCUGUUUGGGAACACCAGCACGAACAACACUGGCGGAGGCCUUUUCGGGAACACAGCCAACAAAGUCGGCACCAGCAGCUUUUCCUUUGGUAACAACACGAGUACGCCAGCGUCCGGAAGCCUCUUUGGAGGCGCCUCCACGACCUCUGCCAAAAGUGGUGGCUUCUCCUUUGGGAAGUAA